AUGAGAGAUGAUGACCCACCAAAAUCAACAACAUUAAUUGUAUCUCGAACUUUUCAUCCAAAAAAAUACUGUGGAUAUUUGGAUGAUUUUCCUUUUGAAACAAGCGAACCCACAAAGGGAUUUGCCAUUACUCAAACAGAAAUAGAAGCAAGAAUUAUUGAUAGAUGUGACAAAUUAAUUCAAUUUUAUCAGUACCAAUUAGAGAGUUUACCAGAUGUAACAGCAGCCAAUAUAAUAAGUUUCAAUAAUGCAGCACUUGCAGACCGAAGAAGGCAAGUAUUUUAUUCAAUUCUUUUAGCAAUAAAUAAUUCUCCGAAACAGAUUGCAUUAAAAGCAUUUUCAGAUCUAUAUAAUUUACGAAAACUAUGGAUUAAUAAGAGAUAUUACAAUACUUUCGUCGCAGUGCCACAAACAAAAAUUUUAUGUAAAUGUUGCAAGUUUGAGGACUGUAUUAACCCAGCAUUAUAUGGAUCAGACUUUUGUUACUGGCAUAUACUAAAUGAUCCAAACCAGCAAAUGUAUGAAAAAUGUCCAAAUUGUGGACAACCAAAAUUAUUUUCAACUUUAUGCAAAUCAUGCAGUAAAUCUAAGGCAAAUAUAACUAUAUAUCCAAUCAUUUCUAAUGGCAAUCCACCACCGCCUCCUCCUAUCAAAAAGAGCAUUAUUCCAACAGUUACACCGAUUACUCCAGUUUCUCGUACUGUAUUACCACAGGAACAAAAAGCACGAAGCUACAAACAGCCAGUGCACUUUGUUUCGCCUGAAAAAUUCGUUCUUCCACCAGCAAGCAUUAUCCAUCCAGUAAAUCAUGGAGAUAUAUUAUCAGGACCUAUAUAUAAGCUUAAGUCAAAUAGAGAUUUAACUGAAGAUGAGAGAAAAAUGAUUGCCGCCGCUGCACUUGAUUUCAAACCAAGAAAUCCUAAUUAA